UAAAAACUGUGUGUAUAGUGCAUUGAAAUGAAAAUUAUAUUUUUAUUUUUAUUUAAUUUGUUAUUUUUGUUAAUAAAAUAAAUUAUGACUGACUUUACCGGCAAAUACAAGCAGACAUCCAGCGAUAAUCUGGAGGCUCUACUCAAACAUCAAGGAGUUGCCGAUGAUAUGAUCGCACGGAUCACGUCCGAGACACAGGAACUGGUAUUUACCAAAUCGGGCAACGGUUACACACUUCAGACCAUUUACCCGAGUCAUAAGCGGGAGACUAAGUUUGAGUUGGGCGUUGAGUUUACCGAGACAUUUCCGAAUGGCCAUACUUUACAAUCAGUGUUCACCGCCGACGGUAAUCGUCUCGUUAGGACCGGAAAGGGAGACAAACCGAUGACUGUUGUGCACGAGUUGACCGGCAAUGAUCUCCGGGUGACCAUGACUUCGGGUCCGGUUGUGGCCGUCCGUACCUAUGCUAAACAGUAG